CCUUCCCCCAGCUGUCAUCAGCUUCCGCGGUCAAACUAUCCGUCACCAGCCUGACUUCUAUUUUCCCCAUCCCCCCUGGUCUCUUCUUCCUUCCCAACUUCUAGCAAAAAAGAAAUCCUCAUAUUUUCUGUGUUUCCCUUCCUCCUUCUACCGACACCUUUGGGGCCAUUCAUCAAGGUCGCCGCCCCAUCAUUCUCCUUCGCCUCAUGCCGACUUUUUAAUGCUCGUCUUCGCUUCUCGACUUUCGUUGAUCUCCUGUUCCACCCUUCUGCAAACCGAUCUACCUAGGUACGGGCGAAAACCGCUGCCCUGUUUGAUCUAGGCGCCGACCACUCCGCUCGCUGUUCUUGUCCGACGUAGCUGUGAGCAAAGCAGCUGUCGCCGCCUUUGACACUGAGGGGACGACCUCCCUGCCACAACGUCCCGACGCCCACGACUCAAUCGAUACCGCGUCUACGAUGGCCGCCACCAAAGCCGUUCGCUCCCAGAGCCCCAAGCUUGAGAAGCCUGCCAAUGGCGUCAAUGGCAAGGCCCCCGUCAAGCUCGAGUCGAGCUACAAAUCCGACGGUGUGGAGGACAACGAUAUUUUUCUCCUGCCCGUCUCCGACUAUCAGAUCAUGCUGGGCUUAACCUUUCUCGCCGCCAUUGUUCGCCUUUUCCGCAUCUAUCAACCCACCAGCGUCGUCUUUGACGAAGUUCAUUUCGGUGGCUUCGCUUCGAAAUACAUCAAGGGGAAAUUCUUCAUGGAUGUUCACCCGCCCUUGGCCAAGAUGCUGAUUGCGCUGACCGGUUGGCUGGCUGGGUUUAACGGCGACUUCGACUUCAAGGAGAUUGGCAAGGACUACCUCGAGCCCGGUGUCCCUUACGUUGCUAUGCGCAUGUUCCCUGCUGUCUGUGGCAUCCUCUUGGCCCCUCUCAUGUUCCUCACUCUGAAGGCCACUGGAUGUCGCACCACAACAGCUCUGAUGGGCUCCGGUCUGAUCAUUUUCGAGAACGGUCUCCUUACUCAGGCCCGUCUUAUUCUCCUCGACUCCCCGCUCAUGGUUGCGACCGCCUUCACUGCUCUCUCCUUUCAAUCCUUCACCAACCAGCACGAGCAAGGCCCCGAGAAGGCCUUCCAGCUUAGCUGGUGGUUCUGGUUGCUGAUGACCGGUCUGGGCCUAGGAACAACGGUCAGCAUCAAGUGGGUUGGUUUGUUUACCAUCGCCUGGGUCGGAAGCUUGACCCUCAUUCAACUCUGGGUUCUCCUCGGAGACACCAGGAAUGUCACUCCGCGCGUUUGGGCCAAGCACUUUAUGGCUCGUGCCUUUGCCCUGGUCAUCAUUCCGCUGGGCUUCUACAUGGCCAUGUUCGCCAUCCACUUCCUCUGCCUGGUCAACCCGGGUGACGGUGACGGCUUCAUGAGUUCCGAGUUUCAGUCCACACUCAAUUCUAAAGGCAUGCAGGAUGUCGCAGCCGACGUCGCCUUUGGCAGCCGUGUCAGCAUCAGACAUGUCAACACUCAGGGAGGCUACCUGCACUCCCACCCGCUCAUGUAUCCCACCGGUAGCAAGCAGCAGCAAAUCACCCUUUACCCCCACAAGGACGAGAACAAUCUCUGGCUUCUCGAGAAUCAGACACAGCCCCUCGGAAUCAACGGCGAACAGAUCAACGGAACCCAGGCCUGGAAUAACCUCCCUGAGCCCGUCUUCAUCAAGGACGGCGAUGUCGUUCGCCUGUACCACAUGCCCACCUUCCGCCGUCUGCACUCUCAUGACGUCCGCCCCCCUGUAACGGAGGCUGACUGGCAAAACGAGGUUUCCGCUUACGGUUACGAGGGCUUCGAGGGUGACGCCAACGAUCUCUUCAAAAUUGAGAUCGUCAAGAAGAAGUCGCUCAGCUCUGUUUCCAAGGAACGCCUUCGCACCAUUGAGACCAAAUUCAGACUGGUUCACAUCAUGACUGGCUGCGUUCUUUUCUCUCACAAGGUCAAGCUCCCCGAGUGGGCUUCCGAGCAACAGGAGGUCACUUGCGCUAGAGGAGGCACGCUCCCUAACAGUCUGUGGUAUGUCGAGUACAACGAGCACCCCCAGUUGACUGGCGACAACGUUGAGAAGGUGAACUACCGUAAUCCGGGCUUCUUCGGCAAAUUUUGGGAGCUUCAGAAGGUCAUGUGGAAGACCAAUGCCGGUUUGGUCGAAUCCCACGCCUGGGACUCUCGUCCCAGCGCGUGGCCGAUUCUCAAGCGUGGUAUCAACUUCUGGGGCAGGGAUAAUCGUCAGAUCUAUCUGCUGGGCAACCCCAUCGUGUGGUGGAGCUCUACCCUCGCCGUCGUUGUCUAUGUUCUCUUCAAGGGCAUUGCGACCCUUCGCUGGCAACGCAACUGCAAUGACUACUCCAACACCAUCUUCAAGCGGUUUGACUACGAGAUAGGCACUGCCGUGCUAGGCUGGGCCUUCCACUACUUCCCCUUCUACCUGAUGGACCGUCAGCUCUUCCUCCAUCACUACUUCCCGGCUCUUUACUUCGCUGUCAUGGCAUUCUGCUCGACCUUUGACUUUGCGACUGCUCGAAUCUCGCUUGGUGGCAUCCGCAACAACCCCAUUGUCAACCGCGUCAGCGCUGUCGCCUUUUUGGUUCUCACAGCUGUCGUUUUCGUUCUGUUCUCUCCCCUGGCCUACGGCAACCCUUGGACUAAGGCUGAGUGCAACCGUGUCAAGGUCCUCAGCUCGUGGGAUUUCGACUGCAACACCUUCCAUGAUAACUACUCUCAGUAUACGCCACUGCUCACCCACAAAUCCUCUAUCUCUGGUGCCACCCCAACACCCGCAAAGUCCGAGGCUCCCGCCGCCCCUAUCGGUGGACAAGCGGGUCAGAUUCCCAUCGGUGAUGCCUUGAACGAGCAGCUGAAAGAGGCCGCCAUCUCCGGUGUCCCGAUUCAGAACGUGCUCUCCCGUGAGGAGAAGGUCGAGUACCGGGACCAGGACGGUAACCUCCUCGACGAAGAGCAGGUCAAGGCAUUGGAGGGCAAGGUCGAAUUCAAGACAAAAUAUGAGACGCGGACACGCGUCGUCGACGCCAGUGGAAACGAAGUACAGAUGCCCGAGGGCGGUUGGCCGCAAGAGCAAGGCGGCAACGUUGCCCCGCCUCAUCCUGAUGUUCAGGGAGUGGAUCCUGAGACGAAGGCCAAGGCCGAAGACUCAUCCGUUCCCAAGGUCGCCGAGAGCGUCCAGGGUCAAAAGGAGGCCGAACAGAAGAAGGCUAAGCCUGCAAGCGAUGGCGGCAAGGAGGCUACUGCUCAGGAAGAGCUUUAAGGCUGAGGUUGGGAGGAUCUUUUGAAUUGUGAUGGUAUAGCUGAAGUCAUGUGCUCCUGAGGGGGGUUGAUGUCCAGUGUCUGCAUCUCUUCUCUCCCUUUUACUCUCUCUCUGACCUAAAACCACUCAUUGUAUACCGAGCACGGCUGUGAGGGAAAAGAGCUGUGCAUGUGCCAAGUUUCCCAACAAAAUACCCUUGGCUGAUGUAGCAAAGUAAGGUGGGAUUGAGAUGGCGACGGUUGGGUCAUGGACCCAGAAAUUUCAGUUGUUUCAUUUGUAAAGUCAAGAAAGGGAUGUCCUGCGUGUCUGUCCAACCUUGCGAAAUCCGAAUGAAAACUCCAAGAACUUGGUGCAUUUAUGGUUCACAGGGCAGAGGGGUUUGUUACUAGGCAUACGUUGUUGUCUCUUGGCAAUAGUAGUCUACUGGUGAAAGAGAAGAUGCGAUGAACAGGAGAAUCCCCUUCAUGUCUGUCCAUAUCAGUAUCAAGCAAACACAUC